AAAGCCUUAAAAUCUGAAUGAAUAGAUUGUGAUUCUCGAAAGUUUCUCAAUAUAUCAGUGUAAUUAAUUACCUUUCCCUUCUCCUUAGUCCGAGUCUUCUCAUCUUUCUCUACUCUUCUUUCUCGGGUAAUUUUCUCUUCCUCGUCUUCAAUUCAGCAAUAAAUUUCUAUUUUACUUAGUUUUUUUUUAAUGAUUUUGUUUUUGUUUUAGCUUUGUUUCAUGCCUAGCUUUCUGGAUGAUAUGGUAAAUCGAAAUAAUAUCGGGAGAGGCAGAACCCGCCUUAGGCCGCCGCGCACCGGAAGACCUUCUGCUGGAAGAGUGCCUCUCUCUACUAGUCGAGGCCCCCUCGGUCUUAAUGCCCGCCCAUCCCAGCAUUACAUUACUAAGUCUUCCCACAAAACAAGGAGCUUGCCCUGGCAACAUGAUUUGUUUGAAGACAGCCUUAGAGCCGCAGGGAUAUCUGGUGUAGAAGUUGGCACCAAGCUAUAUGUUUCCAACUUGGAUCCUGGGGUCACAAAUGAAGAUAUCAAGGAACUUUUCUCUGAGAUCGGAGAGCUGAAAAGAUACUCUGUACAUUAUGAUAAAAAUGGUCGUUCAAGUGGUUCAGCUGAAGUUGUCUAUCUUAGGAGGAGUGACGCAUUUGCUGCUCUUAAGAGGUACAACAAUGUACUGUUGGAUGGAAAACCCAUGAUAAUUGAAAUUGUUGGUGCCAAUGCAGAAGUCCCUGUUUCAGCUCGCGUUAAUGUAACUGGAACAAGGGGAAGGCAGAAGAGGACCGUUGUUAUGGCGCCUGGAGCAGGUCAAUCGAGAAGCGCUGCUGGAAUUAAUCGUGGUCUUAAUCGUCGGGGGGGCAUGGGUAUGAGGAAUGUCCGUGGUGGAGGUGGUCGUGGUAGAGGCCGAGGCCGAGGCCGUGGAAAAAGAAAGCCUGUAGAGAAAUCGGCAGAUGAUCUUGACAAGGAGCUUGAGAACUAUCAUGCUGAAGCCAUGAAUGUUUCCUGAAGUUUCAGACCAUAUGGAAUUUUAACAGUAUUGUUGCUUUGCUAUCUGCACAAAAAUGGUGGAUUUAGUGCCGCGCUGUACUUUUGUCUGUUGGAUGGUUUACUUUUGGUUUAAUUAUUGGAUUUUUCAA